CAAUUCCCCACGUUUGGCGAGUAGCUCCUGUCCCACGCGAAUGCAACGCGCUCCCAACACCGCGCAGGAACCUUCCCCGCUGCGAACCGCCACCCAUCCUAUUUAUACAUCUCCUCAAAUCCAUCAAAUCCAUCCCUAUCCACUAAUUUCUAAUCUCCACUUUCUAAUUUCCCUCGUCAAAUCUUUCUGAAACACCACAAAUCUUCACGAACUUGCUCCGAUUCUCGAUCUUCAUAUCGUCGCAUCCAUGGAGUCAACCUCUCCCGAUCACAAGAAACACGGCGGUCGCCCCGAGAAGCACCACCAGCCGUCGAGCUCCGAGCUCCUCAGCAGCGCCAAACUGGUGGCGGACGCAGCCAAGUCCGCCCUCCGCCACGACACCGACAAGCUCGACAAGGGCAGGGUUGCCGGCGCCGCCGCCGACAUCCUUGACGCUGCCUCCCACUACGGCAAGCUCGAUGAGAAGGGCUUCGGCACGUACGUCGACAAGGCGGGGAAUUACCUCCACCAGUACCACACUUCCCAUUCCACCACCGUCGCCGAUGGUUCCGGCUACACCACAACCACCACCACCACGACUCAUACGGCUGGCCAAUCGCCGCCGCAGGGUGACGGCGGCGGGCAUUCGGGAAGUGGGUACGGAGACUACAUUAAGAUGGCUCAAGGUUUCAUGAAGAAGCAUUGAAUCCAACCAUUGGUAUUUGGGCAAUCUGUUCUGAUGAUAUUUCCGUCGUGUAUUUUCUCAAAGUUUGUAAUUUGUUUUGUGAAUUGUGAGUGUCUGUAGAUUUAGGGUUCUACAAGGAACCCAUCAUGUAUCCCUUGAAUUUGUAACUGGUAAGAAUGUAAGACUGAAUCGUUGUAUUUGGGUUUGUGUGAAAUUUGAUGGAUACUUGUUUCA